AUGGCUACAUCUCGGCCGUCGCGGCGGCGGCUGCUGCUGCCGGCGCUAGCGCUCUCGAGCGUCCUGCUCACGACGACGUUCAUCGUCGACCUGACUACGACCACGACGCUGCAAUCGCAAUGCGACAUGACGUGGUCCUGGCCCGUCUACUCGCCCGUGACGUGGCGCUCGAGUGGCCCGCUUUUGCACCAUCGAAAGUACCGUCUCUAUCGCGUCCAGAUGAAGUUGGCACGCGAGCCAUUGGCUGGUGUGCCCGUCUUAUUUGUGCCAGGCCAUGUCGGCAGUUACAAGCAAGCCCGGUCUUUGUCCCGCCAUUUAUGGGACAUGAAUGAAGAGCUCUUUGACGUGUUUGCUCUGGAAUUCAAGGAAGAGCCCACGGGACUCAAUGGCAACUUUGUUGCGGACCAAGCUUCGUUUCUGAACGACGCCGUGCGCGCUAUUCUUCAAGAGUACCGCACGAGACGCAAGACCAAGAAGAUCGAGGGAGAGCAAGGCCUGAAGCGAGGGAGACCAGAGAGUGUCGUGGUGGUAGCUCACUCUAUGGGUGGCAUCGUGGCUCGGACAGCUGAAUUGCUGCCGAAUUACAAGCGACGCUCGAUCCAACAUGUUGUGGCACUUGGUGUGCCGUAUGAGAAGCCGUCGUUCCCGUUUGACGCCGAGAUGAAUGCCGUGUACGACAGAAUGCACGCCAUGAAAAAGAGAGACGACGAGGUGGUUUAUGUGUCCAUUGCUGGUGGACACAAGGAUACACUGGUGCAGACGUCGUGGACGAGUGUGGAUACCGUGGCAGACCCUUCGCGGGCCUUUGCAGUGUUGGCAUCGGCGAUCCCAACAGUGGGAACGCCGGUAGACCAUUUCUGCUUGUUGUGGUGUCAUCAGCUGAUGAAAGUUGUUGCCCAGAGCUUGUAUGAGGUCGUGGAUCUUGAGACGAGAAAGCUAUUGAGCAGUCCGAGUGCGCGGCUUGCGAUUGCAAAGAAAGUGUUGUUUGGAAAAGGAAAUGCUGAACAGGGCGUGGAGAUCGAGACUAACGUGAACGUCUCGUCGCAUCGGACGUAUGUGCAGAAUGGAUACUAUCCUGGAGAGUACACUGGAUAUGCGCUGUUACUCCCGCCGUUCUUGGCCAAGCUGCUGCGUACUAAGCUCAUGACGGUGUUCGUGAUUAUGUACGUUUUGGCGCUGCAAAUUUUCUGCGCGCAAGUCUCGCAGUGGCAGUCCCGCUUUGAUUUGCAGUCAAUGUCUUCCUCCGACGAGCCCCGCCGCGAGAACUUUCCCUCGUUUACAUCGAUGCUGCACCCAGCAGCGCACGCCCCUGCCUUUCUCAAGAACGUCGUGACGUAUUUCUCGAGCAAGGCAUUUACCAUCGGCUCGAGAAAGGUUGCGACGGCAGUCAUUGCUGUGCUCACGCUGACUGUGACAGCUUGGGCGCUUUACGUUUACUAUGGCGGCCAGGAUGAACAGGCAACGAACAGUCUGAUUGCUUCGAUGACAACGGUCGCAGAGUUUGCCAUUCUGUAUGCUUACGCGCUAGGCUUGCUGUACGCGGUGACGACGUUAUUUUCAUUGCUGCAUGGCUUUGUCGUGUCGCCAGUUAUGUCCACACUCAGCAAUGUGGCUGCUCGACUGAAGGUUCGCACCUGGAUGAUAGUCGUCGUCGUCCACGCUAUCGCACAGCUUUUGGGACACUUUACCGACACAUUGUCAUGGAAUUCGUCCCGUGUCUUGGCACUGUUGAUACUGUCGUCUUUCAUAGUGUUUGUCAUGUACACACUGGCAUUGAGUGGAGGUGAUUGCGGAACGUCGGACCAGCAGCGUAUGCAACGUUCGCUUUUCGCUGUACUAUGGCUAUCCAUUUUCUCCUGGGUAGGAAAAGUGGCUUACUUUGCUGAGGUCGCGCGUUUGCCGCCGCUAGAGCUUUCAAACAGCCUUUUGAUGGAAAGUGGAGUAUACGUUGUCAUUUUGAGUAUGUACACGUACAUUAUCCAUUUGUCGCUCAACAGUAUGAUUCCGCUGCCUCCGACGGCGUUCUUCGGUGCCUCGUCAGGACAAGAUGCAGCAUCCAUUUACGGAAUGUCAUCAAGUAGUCCAGCAAGCAGUGUCAAGAUCACUGCUGAGAACUGCCCAAAGUGUGUUUUCGAGGAUGGCGGUCCCGGAGCUGUAUUUGUUAAGUACAGUGACAAGACGACGCACCGCAUUGCGGCAGGUGGACCUGGUGGAGCAGUGUUCGUUGGACCAACGUUUCGUGUCGUUUCGUGUGAUUGUAUGUACCGGUUCAAGACUUCGCGAGACUUCUGUGACUUCUGCGUUCGAUCGUGUCGAUUGUGCGGAGGCGGAAAUGGGAACUUCCAAGAGGCCGCCAAGUACAAGGCGUUUCUGGAAGAGAGCAAGGUAGAUGUGGCAAUGCAUGCCAUCGUGCCGAUGACUUUCCAGAUUUGUGCUGCUGUCCAAGUCAUCUACGGCUUGGACCGAGCCCAUAUGUCGUUCUACCUCGCGCCCAUGUGUGCUCUGGCAUUAGUCACGUAUCACGUCUUGCUUCGCCAUCCCAUCGAGGCUCGACGCACCAAGAACAAGCAGCGCAAAAAGGCGACAAAGAAGGGAAAGUCUCCAAGUGUGUCCAAGCACAAGCCGACCACAGCUGCCACCGACGUACCAUCCGCAUCUUCUGCUGCGACAAGCAAUGAGACCGCUCCUCGCAAGAAAAAGAAAAGCGGACGCAAAUCGAGAACGUCGUUUACUUCGGUUGCAUCGCCGCCAAAAGAGAAGGAUUCUACGUCGUCCUAG